AUGGAGCGGCCGACGAAGAGAAGACGAGUAUCACAAGAGAGCGAUGAAGUCCCUUCUUUCUCGGACUCAAGCGAGGCCGGAGAUGGAAGUUUCGCGACAGCAACUCGAACAGUGGAGAAUAUCUCGCGAAUAAAAUCGAAAACGGCUGUCGCGAAGCAGUCUGGAUCAGACGGCAACACUGGCGGCGACGACUCCAAAAAUCUGGAGAGUCUCCCAGCGGCUAUUCAGGACGCCAUAGACAAAGAUGAUGCAGCGACCUUUGCAUCAAUAGGCGUAGAUCCAUGGCUGAUUGCCUCACUAUCUCAUAUGGCCAUCAAAUGGCCGACUCGCAUUCAGAAGGCUACAAUCCCCCAGAUACUGGCUGGAAAAGACUGUAUAGGUGGAAGCCGAACGGGCUCCGGAAAGACGGUUGCGUUUGGAGUACCUAUCCUGCAGCAGUGGGCGCGAGAGCCUUCGGGUAUCUUUGGACUCGUCCUCACACCCACGAGGGAGCUCGCUCUUCAGAUAUAUGAGCAGUUCCAGGCUAUCGGCGCAAGCCAAGGAAUCAAGUGUGUUCUCGUGACUGGAGGCGCAGACAUGAGGACGCAGGCGCUGGAGCUUUCAAAGAGGCCACACGUUGUGGUUGCUACUCCUGGAAGGCUAGCGGACCACAUUGAGAGCAGUGGGGAGGAUACCAUCUACGGAUUGAGGAAGGUCAAGUUUGUGGUUCUGGAUGAGGCCGAUCGGCUACUCGCGAGCGGCACGAAAGGUAGCAUGUUGCCGGAUGUCGAGACAUGUCUUGAUGCCCUCCCUCCCGCUGAAAAGAGGCAAACCUGUCUUUUCACUGCUACAGUCACGCCGGAAGUACGCGCCCUGAAAGAGAUGCCCCGGGGCAAAGAUCGACCACCAGUAUUUGUAUGUGAAGUUGAUAUCGACUCACUUGCAAUUCCACCCACUCUGGAUCAGCGAUAUCAGCUAGUCAAUGUGCUACACAAAGAGAAAUACCUCCAUAUCCUGCUACUGACACCGGCCAACGUCGAGAAAACCACAAUAAUCUUCUGUAAUCGCACAGAUACUGCGAACUUGCUGGAGUACUUACUACGGCUUCUCGAACAUCGAGUCACGGCCCUGCACUCUGGCCUUCAGCACGAGCAACGAAUAUCAAACCUAGCGCGCUUCAGGGCACGAGCCGCUCGCAUCCUGGUUGCCACAGACGUCGCCUCUAGAGGUCUGGAUAUCCCAGAUGUCGGCCUUGUGAUCAACUAUGAUCUACCUCGAAAUCCAGACGAUUACAUCCAUCGAGUUGGUCGCACAGCUCGUGCCGGCCGCAGAGGUACGGCGAUAUCUUUGGUCGGUCAGCGGGACGUGGAGCUUGUGCAUGCUAUCGAGCAAAGGGUAGGACGGCAGAUGGAAGAAUACAAGGAAGACAAGGUCUCGGUCGAGAAGCGCGUGAUUGAGACGGCACUGAAUGUUGUGGGCGAUAAGAAGAGAGAAGCCAUGCUAGCGAUUGAGGAAGGCAGAGAUGUCAAAGGAAAGCGAGUGAGGAAGAUGGAAAACGCGAAGAGGAAGUUAAAACAAUGA